AUGUCGACUUCGUCUGCCAAAUCAAGCUUCCAAGGUGGUCCAACAUUGACAAAGAAAAGAAUAGUUAGAUGUGGCUGUGGAGAUGUGUGCAAGGUAUCUGUUGCUCGAACACCUGAGAACUAUGGAAAGAAGUUUUACGGGUGCCCUAAUUACAAGGUGGAAGAAGAGGAUUGUGGUUUUUUCAAAUGGUACAAUGAAGAAGAUGGUCACAUUAUCGACCUAACUCACACAAAGCAGAAGCAGGGGCAGGGGCAGGGGCAUGGACAGUUGAAGACUUUGGUAGAAAUAAUUGUAGGUCUUUUGGUUCUUAUUUUUGUAAUGGUGACAAUAUUGGCUUUUGGAAGAAUGUUUGAGUUGACUUGGCUUUUGGUUUUUAGUUGCAAAUGGAAGUACAAUACUGAAGUUGGCUAG